ACAAUGAGCGGAUAUCUUGGGGAUCUUAGUCAGAAGCAACAACAAGCUCUCGAUGAGUUCAAGCUGUGCAUUCAGGAUAUCUGGAAAAAGGAAUUCACGGAUUCGUUCCUUCUUCGAUGGCUUAGAGCUCGGGAUUUUGACGUCAAGAAGGCCGAGCACAUGCUACGUAAGAAUCAAGUAUGGCGUCAUGAGAACAACAUAGAUUUGCUCCUGGAGACGUACCAGUUACCAGAGGUAUUGAGACGCUACUUGCCUGGCGGGAUCAGCGGCCACGACCGGGGUGGCCGGCCCAUCUGGAUCCUGCGUUUUGGCAACUGCGACUAUAAAGGGUUACUACAAUGCGUAUCCAAGGAGGAACUGUCCAAAGCCUGCUUCUAUCAGGUUGAACAGAUAUAUGCGGACUUCAAAAUCCAGAGUGAGAAGUUGGGAAAGAACAUAGAUACUGUGACGGUUGUGUGUGACUAUGACAACUUCAGCCUGAAGCAGGUGUACAGCCUCCAAGCAAUGGAGUUCUUUAGGGAAAUAACUGUUCAAUUCGACACAAACUACCCUGAGACACUUGAGCGAUACCUGUGCAUCAAUGCCCCCAGCUUCUUCCCAUUCUUCUGGAAACUCGUUCGGCCAUUUGUAUCAGAAAAGACGGCAUCUAAGAUUGAAGUGUUUCCCCAAGAAGCCUGGAAGUCGGCAUUACUCAAGUACAUAGACCCUUCCCAGCUUCCGGUCCACUGGGGAGGAGAGCUUCUUGGACCAGAUGGUGACCCCGAGUGUUCACACAAAAUUAGGCCCGGAGGGGAGGUUCCCGUGGAGCUGUACCUAAAGAACGGGCCCAAGGUAUGGGACGACCCCCAGUCAGUCAACUGCACUCUCGAGAGGGGCGAGCAUCUCGAGGUCCCCGUCCAAGUUGAGCGCGCCGGUUGCAUCCUUCGCUGGAAGUUCCAGACAGGUCCUGGUCACGACGUGGACUUCAGCGUCACGCGUGGGCUCACCGAAAAUGGGAAGCAGCAAAAGAAAGUCUUGCCAGUCACCAGGGUCAGGUGUGACCUCGUGCCGGAGACUGGAGAGUUGGAAAACCCCGACAUCGGAACAUAUUCCUUUCGGUUUGACAACAGCUUUAGUUGGUUCUCCAAUAAGCGGAUAUCCUACGUUUUACAAGUGAUCUAUCCUGAAGAGAUUUUGACUCCCGUCAGCUGAUGACUGCCUAUAUAAAUUUGCACGCAGUAUAGGUUUGAAACCAUUAU